AUGCAUUACUAUGAUGAAACUGGUGGUGCUCAUGUUUGUGCUGAUGAUGAUGAAAAUUUAGAUGUUCGUGAUGAUGAUGAAGAUAAUAGCAAUGAUAAUAAUGAUAGUGAUGAUAAUGUUGAUAUUGAUGAAAAUGGCAAUGAUGAAAGUGAUGAUGAUGGUGGGGAUAAUAUGGAUAAUGAUGAUAAUGGCAAUGAUGAUAGUGAUGAUGAUGAUAAUAAAGGUAAUGUUGAUAAUGGCAAUGAUGAUAGUGAUGAUGAUGGUGAUGAUAAUAAAGAUAAUGUUGAUAAUGGCAAUGAUGAUAGUGAUGGUGAUGACAAUAAAGGUAAUGUUGAUAAUGGCAAUGAUGAUAGUGAUGAUGAUGGUGAUGAUAAUAAAGAUAAUGUUGAUAAUGGCAAUGAUGACUGA